AUGGGUGUAGAGGAUGACCAGCAAGCCGCCAGGGACGACCGGCAGCGCGGUCCCUACUGUCAGGUCGCAAUUCGGACCCUCCGUGCACGCACGAGCGGCGCUGCUUUCAUUUCAAGUUCAGAGGCCACCACCGACCAGGGCGAAGGCGGUGACCUUCUUUUCGUCGAGCGCGAGCUGCUCGUGCGGAGCUACAACAGCGUCUCACUUUCUGACGACGGCACCUAUAGCUUGACACUCUCCGACUGCUACGGAUUCAUGCCGAUUACCACGUCUUCUCCUGCCAGACGAGUAUCGAGUGCUUCUUGGCGGUCACGCAAUCAUGACGGGGCAGAUGCCGGGAGGCGUGAACGGCAAACGGCGGAGAUUGUUCGUAUAUUGUUCCUUCCCCUGCCUUCAUCGAUGGAGUUUGUGGUGAACAGCGGACAAGCGACAAGCAGUGGCACCGUCAUCGGCAACUUUCACCUUCUCCCCGUAGCCCACGUGCCCCAGCUGCAGCACGCGCCCGUCUUCAACGCAGAGACCACCACCACGUCUCCGGAUAUCAGGACCGUCGGGCACGCCGCCUACACGCCCGGAGUCCCCGUUCUACAUGAACCAUCCCGCGCGUAUUUCUCCUCUACAACGGCGGCCGCCGCGGAUUCACUCUGUGAGAGGGGAGAAAUGGGCUGCAUCGGAGAGGGGCCAGGUGUCGACGAAGGUACCGCGCUGUCUUCAGUUGGAGGCGGCUUCGCGGGGGGAGUAGCGGUGGGGGUCGUUUUUUCUCUUCUGCUUGUCCUCAUAAUCUUCAGAGGAGGACGGGGCAAGGACUUCAUGGAGAACUUCUGGACUCUACUCAAGGGCGACGGUGAUGCAGGGAUGAGAAAAUCCGGGUGGAGGGGUUUCAUCGUCAGCGUCGGGGGGGAGAAGAAGGAGCGAGGAAGACUGGCGGAUCUUAUUCGAUACCCUGUACGAAGAUUAGUCGGCGCCGCGGCGGAAGUAGCGAUGAUCCCACAAGCCGCGUCGCCCAGCCAUGGACGGGCUUAGGUUGCCAUGACGCCAUCAAUCGUUGCCCAGUAAUGAUGGAUCCCCUCGUCCCCUUCUACCGCUGAAAUCCCCCUUUGGCACGUACCCGGGUUUAGCAAAUUGUUGAAGGCAUUGAGCAGCCGUCCACCACGAUAUCCUUAUCUAGCCGGCAUUCUUGCCUUCGCUUCAGUACGAACGAGAGAUCCCUGACCCAAAGAAGUGAGUAUCUGAAAUUUCUAUCUCAAGAUCUUGACCCUACUCUGGCGUGAUCAAGAGGGUUGACUUCCUUCUGCGGCCAACAUCAACCACGGCAAAUAUAUCACGCGUCGAGACUACUACCGCGUUCGCGACGAGUGCAACUGAAAGAGGCAUAUUUGAUAGAUCGGGAUUUAGCCACAGCCAACCAAAGAGUCGAAAUUGUUUCCGAAACACCGGGGUCUUGGGGCACGCAUCGUAUGAGGUAGCGCGUUUGAAAAAACACAAUCGACCGCGUGAAGCAAGCACAGACCGAAUAACAAAAAAAUAUGAAUCGAAAGAGAACGAAACACGUCACGAGGACAUCACACCAGUACCACGUGGUGUCGGUGUGCCAUGGUAGGUACUCGAUAUCUUCGUCAAUAACCAGGAACGGAACAUCUACCGAGACGAUACGUCUAGAGCAGCGUCACCACGCAACGAGGACGCCACCAACAACAACUUCAACAACAACAAUAACAACGACGACGACGACGACGACGACGACGACGACGACAACUAACAAGGCAAGAACAAACAACAAAGGCGACGGAAACAACGUCAACGCCCCGCAAAACGCGGCAACAGACCCAAACAAAUUUGGACAAGCUGCGACCUAAAGAUAAUUCGUCGGUCGAACACAAAAACAAUCAAACUGGCCAAGG